GGCAGCUGGUGGAAACCAUUUCGCAAUUGCUGAGAGUACACUCCCAAUGAGGGGGAAAAAUGUCAUGAGAAAGUGAGAGAACAAUUGAAGAACGAAGAACAAUUUAUAUACGCCUGGUAAAAACACAGUAGUUAUUGAGCUGAUAAUGUUCGGUCCAGCUUCCUGAGGCACCAGGACAUGUCUUGGGGCUGCUCUAUGGAACCCGGCAUGAGCUCAUACAGGGGAAAGUAACUGAAAGGGGAACGCUGAAGAAAAACAUACUAUUCUAAGGGAAAUAAAGACAUGUACAACUGUCUGUUUCUCUCAUUGACCUGUCUAUGCAUUCUCCCGGGUCACGAUGCAGAGGAGUGUGUGACUUCUAUCUUGGCAAAGAGAGGUUCUGUUAACGUACCAAAAGGGGGCACUCUUUCCCUAUCCUGUGUUGUUCAGCAUUGUGGAGAUGAUGGCUGGACAGGAGGAUGGGGUCUGUCAACAGAGGGACAGUUCCUUCUCUUUAGUCCCACUCCAAGGCAUCAUCUCUCCAAUGUCACGUUGACAACCAAUAGAACCCGUCUGCUCAUGGACAUCCUCAACGUCAACCAAUCAGAUUAUGGAAUGUACCAAUGCCAGAUCACCUGGGUUGAGGGAUACACCAGUGUUGGACAUAUGACACAUGUGAACAUUACUGCAGCCACACCACCCACAUCCGUGUGGAAGGUCUAUUCCAGGGUGGCGGUGUAUGUAAGUACCUGUUUGGUAAUCACCCUGGUAAUCACCCUGGUUUUGGUUCUGGGACUGGCUUGCCAUAGAAGGUCAAAGGUCCCGUCUCAGCCCCCACCAAUACCACCGCCGAACCCCCCGCCACGCUCCCGAAGCGCACGCAAGGACAAGCCCCCCACACCCAAGCCUAAACCAAAGAUAGAGUUGGUCUAUGCAGCUCUUUCAAAGGGCUGCCUUGAACAGCCGAAUCCUAAUCCUCAACGAGAAGCUGCACAGCCCACAGUCUACUCCUCUCUCCGCUUCUCCUGACUCAGUCAGACUUUUAUAUUGUAGAGACCUUAACCCAUCUCCUACUCACUGAGCACACACUGGUUGAAUCAACGUUGUUUCCACGUAAUUUCAAUGAAAGUACGUGGAACCAACGUGGAAUAAGUGAAAGGGAAAGGGGGAUACCUAGUCAGUUGUACAACUGAAUGCAUUCAACUGAAAUGUGUCUUCUGCAUUUAACCCAAGCCCUUCUGAAUCAGAAUAGACGUUGAAUUGACGUCUGUGGCCAGUAGGUAGUGACCUCGUCAAAUGGUUGGAUCACUUGGCGUAAAGGCUUAGGCGUUGGCUUGACAGUCGCUGGACCUGGGUUCGAGUCCUGACCAAGGCUAUCCCCUGAAUUCACUACAAUAUUCACCUCCGCAUGGAACAGGCUGUUUCGACCAAGUGGUCACAUUUCAGAGCUCUGGAUUGAACGAUUUCAGGUGCGUUCUGUAUUUUAUAUGUGCCAUGCAGUGACUGCUAUCCACGCACUCAGCUAGAUGAUGUGAUGCCAUGUGAAAAUCAUCUGAGAAUAUAAUCUAUGUUCAAUGUCCUAAAUAAUGAUGUGUCCAACAGUCUUUUAUUUGUUAAAACUGUAAUUAUUAUGUAAUUGGUGGAAACUACUUUCUCUGCCGUGUGUUUUAAUAAAACAAACUAGAACUGA